AUGUCCGACGACGGCAACGCCUUGUACGAAGAUCUCUUCUCCUCGUUGAGAUCCGACAUCAAAUCAUACAAUGGCGUCGAUCCUCUCCUCCCAUGGCUCCGUGGAAUAAGGAAGAUGAAAGAGACACUGCCGCCACAGCUUCUGAAACAGAAACUGCCUCGAUUUCUCCAGAAAUGUGCAGAGACUUUCCUGACCGACCGCCGCUAUUCGAACGAUUUGCGUUACAUUCGUGUUUGGUUGCAAUUGAUGGAUUUUCUGGACGACCCAAAGGCCGCACUGGUGACAAUGGAGAAGAAUGGGAUCGGGAUGAAGAAGUCUCUUUUUUAUCAGGCGUAUGCUCUUUAUUAUGAGAAGAAGAAGAAGUUUGAGGCGGCUGAGAAGAUAUAUCAUCGGGGAGUGCAAAACCUUGCAGAACCUGCGAGCGAGUUGCAUAAGUCAUACGAUCAGUUUCUUCAUCGUAUGGGACGACACAAAAAUAAGAGGCUUCAGCUGCAGGUAGUGAAAAAAAACGACCGAUUGGUGAAUCAUGAUAUGAAAGAGGGAUAUCAUAACCAUGUAAAGGAAAGUUCUCAUGAUGAAGACCAAUUAUCGAGAAAGGCGGUGGUGAGUGAUGCUGGGGAGCAGGUAAAAUCGAAACAAGACGAGAGCAGUAAAUUUUGUGGUGAUGAUACGAUUGUGGUUAAAUUUGUGGAUACGGCCAUAGUUGGGAAAUCCAAUGCGGAAGACUCACGUCAUCACGGCCUUGUGGAGCCCACCUUCAACACGAAGGAGGCCAUGACAGCCAUCAACAGCAUGUUCCGGGAGCCAAUAGAGCCACCAGUCGCCGGCAGUAAAUAUAAAAACCAAUCCGCAGCUGAUAACUCCAAAAAUGGAUUUAGCAUUUUCACUGAUGAAAUUGUGGAUGCCAAACGGCCGUCGGUCAAACCAUUCGACAUAUAUGUGGAUGGUGAGCAAACCAAUGACUUCAAAGAGAAAGAGAAUGGGAUAAGUAUCGAAACUGGAAAAUCCAGUCGUGCUGGCACAUCUAGCACUCAUACCGUCUUUGCUAGACCGAAUGAUUUCCCUCCGGAAGGUUCUAAAGAUUCAAAUACUAGGAGAGCCCACCAAGCUGGGUUCAGGGAGGACACAGUUGUUUAUAGAUUUGUGGGGUCAACAAUCUCGGACGAGCCGGAGGUGGAAAAUGCCUGGCACCACGGCCUUGUGGACCCCACCAUAAAUUUGAAGGAGGCCAUGGAGGAUAUUAAUAGCAUGUUCGGGAAGCCGAUAGAGUUUACCAGGAAAAGCAGGGCGAAGAAAGUCGAAAAAGUGCCCGAUACGGGAAACAACGGUGGCGGGUUUCUAAUACUGCCUGAUGAUGAACCGGAAAAUAAUAUUGCUGAAGAUAAUGAUAUUGGUAAACCGAUGAACAAUCACACAGGUUUUAUGAUACUUCCUGAUGAUGACUCGGAUGAUCAAGCUGAGAACAACUUGCCGAGCCCAUCCGCCGGAAAAGGAAGUGAUUUGUUCGAACAUACUGUGUGCACAAAAGAAGCAAUGGCUGAAAUCAACAAACUGUUCGCAAUGCCAAUGGAUUUCUAA